UCCAUGGUGACAUCAGCAGGCUGCCGUGAGCUGACUGACACGUACUGUUUUGUUAAGAGAAAUAGAGCAAUAAAGCAGGACGGAGAAAGGCCAGUGAAACAACCCGGAGCAGAGAGGGGAGACAUUACCGGAUCGAAAAUCUCUUCAGAUCUCAGUUCCAGAUUUCACCAUGAACGUGUUUGACCGCAACAUCAACAUCGACGCUCUGCUCAAGUUCUCCCAAAUAUCUCAUUCCACCCAGGUGCACUUGAAGAAUGUGUACUCCAGCUUGGCAAUGUGCAUGUUUGUGGCCGCAGCAGGCUCCUAUGUCCAUGUCGUCACACGCCUCUUUCAGGGCGGUGUGCUGUCUGUGCUCGGCUCCCUGGGGAUGAUGUUCUGGCUCGCCAUGACACCCCACAACCCCGAGACGGAGAAGAAGAGGCUGGCUAUCCUGGCAGGAUUUGCCUUCCUCACAGGUGUCGGCCUUGGACCCACACUGGACUUUGUCAUCGCUAUCAAUCCAAGCAUCAUUGUGACGGCCUUCAUGGGAACCUCUGUGAUUUUCAUCUGCUUCACUCUGAGCGCCCUCUACGCCAAACGCAGGAGCUACCUGUUCCUUGGAGGCACACUGAUGUCUGGUCUGUCCAUCCUGUUCCUGAUGUCUCUGAUGAACAUGUUCUUUGGAUCUAUGAUGCUGUUUAAGGCUCACAUGUACCUCGGGCUGCUCAUCAUGUGCGGCUUCGUGCUGUUCGACACUCAGCUCAUCAUUGAGAAAGCAGAGAACGGAGACAAGGACUACGUCUGGCACUGUGUGGACUUGUUCCUUGACUUCAUCACCAUCUUCAGGAAACUGAUGGUCAUCCUCGCCAUGAAUGACAAGGAAAAGAAGAAGGAAAAGAAGUAAAGAACAUUCGAACAGCAGGAAAAUAAAAAAACAACAACAAUCAGUCGGAAAAAGGCACAAUUUGCAACGCACUUGGUGCUUUUCACUUUGUCUUCAUUUCUCAAAUUAACUCCUAUGUGGUCUUAUAUUAUUGGAAUUUUCUUUGAUUUAUUUUCUGGAACUUACAGCGAGGGUUGAAUGUAAGUUUAUGGUGCAGUAAUGCUAGUCCCAUGUUUGGCUGUGAAUGGAGAAAUACUAACGCUGCAGUGAUCGUGCUUGGCCUGUAGAGGGCAGCGUCGCCCUGCGAAGGCUCCCAGACGCUGAGCUAAUGAAGACUUUCAUAUUACUGUUAUUUAGUGCCAUAAAUUAACGACAUGAUAGGCUCCUUUUAGUGGGUCACGUGAGCUUCUGAAACUGAUUACUGUUUUAUUUUAUGUAAUUUACUUUUGUUGAUUUGCUUAUUUAUAGUUUUCCUCAGUUCUCUUAGUGGAGUGUCACACGAUGCAGCGUCCCAUGAUUUUGACAACAGAUUCCCCCAUUUUCAUAUUAUUUCCCUCUUAGUAGUUUUGUUCCCACAAAUUGAAGUGAAGCCUGUCGAUGAUCUACUGAAAUCACUCAGACGGACUCUCAGCCACUCGGCGGUCUGGAUUUUGGACCGUUGGAAGAGUCGCUGCCAUCUGUCCCUUUCCUUCAAAUUUGGAUAGCAAAGACAGGCUCGUGAUUGGAGACCACUCCCCGUGUAAAUUUACCCAAAUAUCUGUUGUCUAGAAAUUAGUUUGCCAAAUGAUAUGAUAUUAACCUGGAUAUUUGGCAUCAGUGCUAUUUUUUUUUUCAAAGUGUAUACUGUGAAGAAUUUAUUUUAUUGAUGUAAAACUGAGACUAAUAAUUUGAUACAUUUGCUCAAAUAAAUGUGUUGAACGUAUAGAA